AGCUAGGGUCCAUGCAGGUAGCAAAAGUAAUACAAGCAACAACAAACAUGAGCGUAUGGACAGAAUGGCUGGACAUCUUCCCAGUCGUGGGUACUCUCCAGAACACGGUUGAAGCUAUAUCAGCCGUCUGCCAUGGCGCCUAUGACCUUGCAAAGGAAAAUGGAGCCGAUGCAGCUCUGAGUCUUGUGCUGGAUGUCCUCACAUAUGGGACAGCAGGUGCCCCGGAUUCUGCACACCUUAAAGUUGCUGAAAAGGUCGUAAUGAAGGGCAUUGGUCCCAAAGAAGUCAUGAAUGCCAUGAAAGGUAAAGGUGGAAAAUCCGGGAAAGGAGGAGCUGCACAAUCCAUGAAAGGAGCUGGUAAAAAACCUGCUGCUACUCAGAUUAACAUCAAAGAAUUGACCAACAAAUCCAAAAAGCCAUCAGACCCAAAGACCAGUAAAGGGGAACAGAAGAAGCCAUCGCAUCGUGGCGAACAUGUCAUCAACAACAACGUGCUGAAGGUGUUUCGGACAAUCAUUGACCGAUUUGCUGCUAGGAUUGGAAGCACUGCAGCUCAACUGCUUGAAAAUAAAGAACACACAGCAGCUUAUAAAGCAUAUCACACACCUCUUCCUGCAGCCACCACCCAGUCAAUCGGCCACCAGAUGGUUGCUCAUAUUCGAGAAGAAGACCAAUACAUUGAUGCCAACGCAACUGCCUAUGGAGCAGCCAUCAAAGAGAUUUCUGACAUGGUGGUCACUUAUAUGUACGACUAUUACACCAACAACUUCUACUCCGGUCCUGCCGUUGAUAGGAGCAUCAUCGAUCUGAUUCGUUUACUGAACAACGGUCAGUUGUAUGUGGACGAACGAGUACGCCAAACAGUACUGGCUUCAACAGGGCGGGGACGUGAACAAGUUUGA